CCUUCCGGGGCGCCUCAGGAUUUCGGGUCCCGGCUCCCUGGGCGGAUGCCCGAAGACUCCGCCUUCCCAAGAGCCCCUGCGGCGGGGUGCGAAGAUGGCGGCGGCGGCGGCCCGGCACCCCUAAAGCGGCGGCAAUGGAGCCUCCCCCGUCGCCGGGGCCGGAGCGGCUCUUUGAUUCGCACCGGCUCCCGGGUGACGGCUUCCUGCUUCUCGCGCUGCUGCUCUACGCUCCAGUCGGGUUUUGCCUCCUCGUCCUGCGCGUCUUUCUUGGGAUCCACGUCUUCCUGGUCAGCUGCGCGCUACCAGACAGCGUCCUUCGCAGGUUCGUGGUGCGGACCAUGUGUGCAGUGCUGGGGCUCGUGGCCCGGCAGGAGGACUCCGGACUCCGAGAUCACCGCGUCAGGGUCCUCAUUUCCAACCACGUGACACCUUUCGACCACAACAUAGUCAACCUGCUCACCAGCUGUAGCACCCCUCUACUCAAUAGUCCCCCCAGCUUUGUGUGCUGGUCUCGGGGCUUCAUGGAGAUGGAUGGGCGGGGGGAGUUGGUGGAGUCACUCAAGAGAUUCUGUGCUUCAACGAGGCUUCCCCCCACCCCUCUGCUGCUAUUCCCCGAGGAAGAGGCCACCAAUGGCCGGGAGGGGCUCCUGCGCUUCAGUUCCUGGCCAUUUUCUAUCCAGGAUGUGGUACAGCCUCUUACCCUGCGAGUCCAGAGACCCCUAGUUUCUGUGACGGUGUCAGAUGCCUCCUGGGUCUCAGAACUGCUGUGGUCACUUUUCGUCCCUUUCACGGUGUAUCAAGUAAGGUGGCUUCGUCCUGUUCAUCGACAGCUGGGGGAGGGGAGUGAGGAGUUCUCCCUCCGUGUACAACAGCUGGUGGCCAAAGAGUUGGGCCAGACAGGGACACAACUCACUCCAGCAGACAAAGCAGAGCACAUGAAGCGACAGAGACACCCCAGAUUGCGCCCCCAGUCAGCCCAGUCUUCUUUCCCUCCCUCCCCUGGCCCUUCUCCUGAUGUGCAGUUGGCAACUCUGGCUCAGAGAGUGAAGGAGGUUUUACCCCACGUGCCACUGGGUGUCAUCCAGAGAGACCUGGCCAGGACUGGCUGUGUAGACUUGACUAUCACUAAUCUGCUUGAGGGAGCUGAAACUUUCAUGCCUGAAGACAUCACUGAGAGGACCCAGGCCCUUCCCACAGCCUCCACCCCCAAGUUCCCCAGCUCUGGCCCGGCGACACCUCAGCCCACAGCCCUAACAUUUGCCAAGUCCUCCUGGGCCCGGCAGGAGAGUCUACAGGAGCGCAAGCAGGCGCUGUAUGAAUACGCAAGAAGGAGAUUCACAGAGAGGCAGGCCCAGGAGGCUGACUGAGUACAGGAUGGCACCCAGAGCCGCAGGACGGAGACUGGGGGCAGCCCUCACCCAACUCACAACAGGCCGGAUGGGUGGGUGGUAAAAAGGGAGGGAUGGGGCUCCCCCCAGUAUCACAUUAAAUUCAGGGUUUUCACUCAA